ACUCUAAGUCUCGUGCGUUAAUGCACUGAAUAUCAAUCGAUUAAUUAAGAAAAACUCAAAUUGCAAGUUGUUUUUAUAUUGUAUGUUGUUUAUUAUAUAUAUUUUUGUUGUAAAAUAAUAGUUACGAUAUAGGAUUUGCUUACCGAGAUUAUUUUAGUAAUUUUGAAAAACGUAUCUAUUAACUUGACGGACGUUGAGAAUUUUAGUUUCACGUGCAAUUUCAGAGAAUAUGCUCAGAGAUAUGAGAAUCUUUCUCUUCAACGGGUUUCUUUUACUAAGUUUCGUCGUAGCCCCAGUACCGGAUGUUUCCGUGGAUUCAUCGGAAUGCGCGGAAACAAUGGACCAGAAGCCGCUUUCGAAUACGUGCUGCUACAUCACAGCUAAUUCGGUAUUGGAAGCGCGAUGCUCUGUAUUAAAAUCGCACAAAAUUCCGUUACAUUUGAAUCCGGACAUACGGGUGCUGAAUAUUACCUGGACUCAAAUACGAAUAUUGAGUAACAACAGUCUGCAUCCAUACAAGAAAUUGAAAUUCAUCUAUCUACGUUACAAUUUUUUCCAUAUCAUCAAAGAGGCAGCCUUUGCCAAUCAGCCUUACCUGCAGGUGCUGGAUCUCAGGAACAACUUUUGCGAAAUUCUGUCCAAAAGUCUCUUCCAAUUACCGUAUCUUCACACGCUCUAUCUCGGCCACAACCAGCUUUACGAUUCCGUGUUCAAAGUAAAUGCCACCUCGCCUCUCAAAAUACUGCAGCUGUCCAAUAACAAACUAAGCGUGAUCCCGAACAUAGGACUCCAGCCGACCCUUCUUAAUCUCGAUCUGUUUAACAACCGCAUCAUCUCGAUCAGCACCGAGAAUCUGGCGCCGUUUUGCUCGCUAAAGAGCUCGAUCUGACCGGGAAUGAUAUCAGAUUCAACGCGCGCAGCUGCGAUUGUCAGACGUUUAACGCCUGGGUGAAGCUGCGUCAGAUCAAGAUGAAGCCCAAACUUUACAAAUGCCCCUAUUCAUCGGCUCUAAACAAGACCUGCGCCAACGUGAGUUUCAGCAAUCGGACGUACGAGCUGUUUAACGAGUGUUUGGCCAUGAUACAGCAGAUGAUAAAGGAGGACAUACAGCAGAAGAUGGAAAAGGAUAUACAGCAGAAGAUGGAGCCCGAGAAACCUCGAUCGGUUUGGUUAAUCUUCGCCCAGUGUGUCUCGGUAUUUUUCUUCAUCGUCUUUGUGACGUUGUUUGCGUGUACAAUUGGAAUCGUAAACAGCGUAGGAAACAACAAGAGCAGCUAACGAUGAUCUACAAUACCGAGCUGAACACCGAGCUGCUCCAACAGCAACCUGACGAUAAUUAGUCAAAUAAUGGCUAAUAAAACAUAUAGUCUUGUAAGAAGAACUGUUUCUGGCGUCGACAAUAUGCGAGAAUAAAAUUUUACAUGAGAAAGGCGGGAUGAAAGUGUAAACGAGGUCUUAUCAGAAAUGAUCGAUCGAAAAGACGUCAAAUCGAUAUUGAUCCGACCAAUUCGACUUUGAUUCGACAUCAAUACGACGUCGAUUUAACUAUCAUUUUGGUCAAAAGUUAUUUGAGAAUUUAACGAUGUUUUUGCUAUAAGUAAGAGAAAGAGAGAGAGCAAGAACUGUUGGUGUUUGUUGAAAAAAUUAAAUCAACAGUGGAUUCACAGAGAUUUAAUCGGAUAUAUAUUUGCGUGCCUAAGUUUGUAUCUGAUUAUUAUUAAUACAUAUCGCACAAUGUGCAAUAAACGUAAGAUUAUUAUAAUAGUUCGAAUGCUUCUCCUGGCGCGAUUGCCAUUUUUGAACAAUAUUUUACAAAUUUUUUAGAAAGAGUUCACUGGACAUACAUUAGACAUUUUUGUUCUAUCUGAAUAUAAGUAUAUUAUAAAUGAUAAUCCUUAAGAGUCGCCAGUAA